GCCUUUGCUGCCUCGCUUUUACUAGAUUCCAAUUUUCAAGACUCGGCGGAUCCCCCGAGUCAACACAGCUCGGAAAAGGCUUCAAAAUCCUUCCUAAUACGUACAUACAACGCUCUCAGUUCUGUGGUUAUUCCAUCAGUCCCGUUUGUUCACAGCUACGGAGAUGAGUCUCUCCGUCGCACAGGGUUUCACGAAGUCGCUGGCGAUGACUGUGCUCUCCGAAAUCGGGGACAAGACGUUCUUCGCAGCUGCGAUAUUGGCAAUGCGUCAUCCGAGGAGACUUGUCUUGGCAGGUUGCCUUUCAGCUUUAAUUGUGAUGACCAUUCUAUCUGCCGUUGUUGGUUGGGCUGCUCCCAAUUUGAUCUCUCGAAAAUGGACCCAUCAUAUCACAAGUAUAUUGUUUUUGGGGUUUGGGCUAUGGUCAUUAUGGGAUGCCUUUAAUGAUGGGGAGUCUGAAGAAUUGGCUGAAGUCGAAGCAGAACUGGAUGCUGAUCUCAAAGCAAAUGCCGGGGCAGCCAAAGACAGGGAUAAGGACAAUAAGGACACUGACAAUUUGAAAAAGCAGAGGAGGCCACUGCUCACUAAAUUUUUCUCACCGAUUCUUCUAAAGGCAUUUUCGAUUACCUUUUUUGGGGAAUGGGGUGACAAGAGCCAGAUUGCCACCAUUGGUCUGGCUGCAGAUGAGAACCCAUUGGGUGUUGUUCUUGGAGGAAUCCUUGGACAAGCUUUAUGUACUAUUGCUGCCGUAUUGGGGGGAAAGAGCUUGGCAUCUCAGAUUUCUGAGAGAGCAAUUGCCCUUGCUGGUGGAGUUCUUUUCAUUGUGUUUGGCAUUCAGUCCCUCCUUUCACCAGUUGACUAAGAAUGGCUGUUACAUUGCCAGUGACUAAUAUUUAUCAGCUACCUCAUAUUAUGGUCAGCCAAAAUGCUAUAAACUAGUUAGAAAAAAAAAUUCCAUUUUAUUAUCCUUGUUUUCUGAUGAUCAUAGAUAGAAGAAGUGUGUGCUUGCACAAAUUGGACCACCAUUUUUUUCUUGUUAUAAAGUGAAAAUUAAUUCCAUUUUAUUGUCCUUGUUCUCUGACGAUUAUAGAUAGAAGUGUGUGCUUGCACAAAUUGGACUGCCAUUUUUCACUUGUUAUAAAGUGAAAAUUUUGGCAAAGAUUUCCCGGACAAUUUGUAAUCACCUGCACUUUUGUAGAGGGCUUGUGUUGUCUUAUGGUGUAUGUUUUCUUGUUUACCUGCAUAUGGUGCUCUGAUCACUAUGUUUUACAACCUUUUAACAAGCAUGAAGUGUAUUUUCUUGUACCA